GGGCGCGGAUUGGAGGAUCACAGGAUGGAGGCGGGCCCUGCGGCUCGGCGGGGAGCCUCAGACGCGAGCGAUCUGUGUUUUGUGAGGAGCAGCAGAACGAGGCCGAGGAUGGGGUGAGAUUGGCGGGUGGAGAAGAGGCCGCACCUGCCCUGCUCCUGCACCCUCGAUCCCUCUCCAGGGCCGCUUCCUCCACCACGUCUCUCAGGGCUCGAAAUCCUCACUUUGGCCGCCGUUGUAGGCGGGGAGACCGGGCCGGGGACAGAAAACGUGAAGGAGGCUUCAGUGUCUCUAAUGUCGAAACCGUGGUGGUCAUGUGGGAGGGUCACACUGGGGGAGAGAUGCUUCUGGCUGGUUGUGCUGUGCUUCUUGCCUCUAUGUGGAGGGAAUGUCACUGAGCUGGUUGGAAUGUUUGGACAAAUUCAGUCUCCCAAUUAUCCAGAGGGUUAUCCAAGUGAUACAGACAUGACUUGGAACAUCACGGUGCCCAUUGGAUUCCGAAUCAAACUCUACUUUAUGCACUUUGACCUGGAGCCGUCCUAUCUCUGUGAAUAUGACUAUGUGAAGGUCACUUCUGGUGAUAUGCUGGAGACAUUCUGUGGCCGAGAGAGUACAGACACUGAAAAGAUUCCAGGCCAAGACUCUGUUCUCUCCACCGACAAUACCAUGACUCUCCAAUUUAAGACCGAUUUUUCCAAUGAGGAGCGGUUCACUGGCUUCGAGGCACACUACGCUGCCAUUGAUAUUGAUGAGUGUGUGGAGAAAUUGGAUGAAUCCUUAGCCUGUGACCACUUUUGUCACAAUUACAUCGGUGGAUUUUACUGUUCCUGUCGAUUUAGUUACAUCCUUCAUUCUGAUAAUCGGACAUGUAAAGUUGAGUGUAGCGAUAAUGUAUUCACAGAAAGAUCAGGAAUAGUCAGCAGCCCAGACUAUCCCAAUCCUUACCCCAAGAGCUCAGACUGUUUGUACCGCAUUGAACUGGAAGAUGGGUUUCUUAUCACGCUGGAGUUUGUUGACAUCUUUGAUCUAGAAGACCACCCAGAUGUGGAUUGCCCUUAUGACUAUCUGAAGAUCAAAGCUGGAUUGAAGGAGUUUGGUCCUUUUUGCGGUGAUAAGAGUCCUGGAAGGGUCGUGACCAACAGCAGCAGUGUCCAGGUUCUCUUUCACACCGAUGAUUCAGGAGAUAACCGUGGCUGGAAAUUUGCCUUCACCUCAGUUGGCAGUCCUUGUCCUGUCAUCCAACCACCCCUCAAUGGCCAAGUUGAACCUGUCCUAGAGCAUUAUUCAUUCAAAGAUCAGAUCCAGAUCAGAUGCAACGCUGGAUUCAAAUUUGUGAAGGGUGGGGAUGAGGUGGAAGCCUAUCAGAUUGAAUGCCUGAAGUCAGGGAAAUGGAGCAGUGGAAUUCCGACCUGUAAAGUUAUAGACUGCGGGACCCCACGGCCCCUGGAGGACGGGUUUGUCACGUUCCAUUCAAAGGACAACCUCACUCUUUUUGGGAGUCAAAUCAACUACUCAUGCCAGGCCUUAUUUUAUCGAAUGGAGCCUGAACUUAACAGUACGUACACCUGUAUGGAGAACAGCUUUUGGGUGAAUGAUGAACUGGGUACUGAUCUCCCUACCUGUUAUCCAGUCUGUGGGAAGCCGGUUCGAACCUUGCCUUCUCUCUACAAGCGCAUCAUCGGAGGGUUGAGCGCUCGUCCAGGCUUCUUCCCCUGGCAGUUACUGGUGGUGGUAGAGGACAUGACCCGAGUCCCACAGGACAAGUGGUUUGGGAGUGGGGCCUUACUUUCCAGACGGUGGGUACUGACGGCAGCCCACGUACUGCGGUCUCAGAGAAGGGACAAUUCCAUCACUCUGGUCCCCAGUGAAUAUGUCACCAUUUACCUGGGACUCCACAAUGUCCAGCAAAAGGAAGAAGCCAUAAAGAGGAUGGUCGAGAAAAUAAUCGUACACAAGGCCUUUGAUCCCAGGACUUACAACAAUGACAUUGCUCUGGUAAAAAUGAAGGAGAAGGUGUCUAUGAAUGAUUUUGUGAUGCCUUUGUGUUUGCCCAGCCUUCGGGAGACUGAUGGACCACUACCAAACACUCUAGGGGUGGUGGCUGGGUGGGGAAUCACCGACCCUAACGUGACCAUUGAUGAUGGCAUUGGAGGUGAUCAGGCAAUGCUGUCAGAUGUCCUGCAGUAUGUGAAGCUGCCAGUCACUCUUCAGGCAGAGUGUAAGAGCAGCUAUGAAUCGCGCUCAGACACCUACAAUGUCACAGAUAACAUGUUCUGUGCUGGAUUCUAUGAGGGUGGACGAGACACAUGUCUGGGAGACAGCGGAGGGGCAUUCAUCACAUUUGACUCUGCCACCGAGAGCUGGGUAGCUCAGGGUUUGGUCUCUUGGGGUGGCCCUGAGAAGUGUGGCAGCAAACGUGUCUAUGGCGUUUACACCAAGAUUUCCAAAUAUUCACGGUGGCUGAAAGAGAAAAUGAGCAAUUCAUCUGAAUAAUUGCUGAUGCUAGAGUGUAAGUAACACUUGGUUAAAAUGGCCAUAUAUUUCCCAAAAAUAUCUGCACGUGGGUCUGGGUCCAGAGGGACCCUCACCCAAGGAAAGGGCUUUGAAUAUAAAAAUCAAACAUUUAUGCAAAAUCACAUGACUGGUUAGGCCUCAGCUAUAGCACUGUAUUCAGUUCUGGACUCCAGCAAGAAUGCUAGGGAAGGUGCAGAGGAAAGCAAGUGGAAUUAUAUUAAGGAUAUCUGUGCAUUAUGUACAGGGACUGGAGGAAGAGAGAACAAUCAUAUCAGAGCAAAGCUUCGAGUACAAGAGAGUCAUUAAAAACUGAGGAAUUCCAACUCAAGUUCAAUUGUCAUUCAACCAUACACAUGUAUGCAGCUAAACAAAACACUAUUCCCAGGUGCAAAACUCAGUACCAACAGUAGAAGGGAGGGGCAUUAGAUUUUUGGAUCAUUGGACUCUCUUCCAGGGAAGGUGGGAAAGGGUCUUGUAUCCUGGCGAGAAGGUUUGUUAAUGCUGUAAGCCGGGGUUUAAAAUAGACUUGCAGGGGGAUGGGAACCAGAGUGCCAGAAUAUUUUGUGGAGAGGUUGUGGAGACAGAUGUUGGUAGGAUCUCAGACAAAUUCAGGAAUCAAAAGGUGGAGCAUGGUGUGACUGGUGUCCUGAGCUGUGUACAUUUCAAUGGAAGGAGUAUCGGAAGGAAGGUGGAUGAACUCAGGGAAUGGAUCAAUACCUGGAAUUAUCACCUUGUAGCCAUGAGUGAGAUUUGGUUGGAAGGGGUACAGGACUGGCAGCUCAAUAUUCUAGGGUUCUUUUGUUUUAGAUGGGACUGAGUGGGAGGGACUAAAGGAGGAAGAGUGAUGCUACUAAUCAGGGAGAAUGUUAUAACAGUGCUCCAUCACGAUGGACUGGAAAACUCGACUAAUGGGUAAAACUGAGAAAUAAGAAAGGUAUGGCAACAUUAAUGGGGCUAUAUUACAGACCGCCCAACAGUCCUAGGGAUUUAGAGGAACCAAUUUGUAAAGAGAUUGCAGACUGUUGCAAAGAACAAUGUUGCUAUAGCAGGUAUUUUUAACUUUCCAAAUAUUGACUGGGAAUCCCAUACUUUUGUAAAAAGACUGAAUGAGAUAGAGUAUGUCAAAAAUGUUCAGGAAGGUUUCCUUCAUCAGUAUGUAGAAGUCCCAAUGAGAGAGUGUGUGAUACUGGAUCUGCUAUUAGGGAAUGAGACAAGGCAGGUGUCAGAAACUUAUGUAGAGGAACACUUUGCAUCCAGUGUCCACUAUGCCUUUAGUUUUAAAGUAAAUAUGCAAAAGAUAGGUCAGGUCUUUAGGUUGAGAUUCUCAAUUGGAGAAAGGCCAAUUUUGAUAGUAUCAGAAAUGAUAGAGCAAGUGUGGAUUAGGACAGGCUAUUUUCUGGCAGAGGUGUACUUGGGAAGUGGGAGGCCUUCAAAAACAAAAUUUUCAGAGUAUAAAGCUUGUACGUGCCUGUCAGAAUAAAAGGUAAAAAAUAACUGGUGUAGGGAACCUUGGUUUUUAAGAUAUAUCGAGGCCCUGGUUAAGAGAAGAAAAGAGGUGUAUAGUAGGUAUAGGCAAGUAGGAACGAAUGAAAUACUAUGGAAUAUAAGAAAUGCAAGAGAAAGAAAUCAGGAAGGCUAAAAGAAGGCAUGAAGUUGCCCUAGCAGACAAGGAGAAGAAUCCCAAGGUAUUCUACAGGUAUGUUAAAAGCAAAAGGAUUGUAAGGGACAAAAUUGGUCCACUGGAAGAUCAGAAUGGUAAUCCAAGUGUGGAACCAAAACAGAUGGGGGAGAUCUUAAAGGAUAUUUUUGCAUCUGUAUUUACUCAGGAGAUGGACAGAGUCUAUAGAAGUGAGACAAAGCAGCAUCAACUUCAUGGACCAUGUACAGAUUACAGAGGAGGUAUUUGCUACCCUGAGGCAAAUCAGGAUGGAUAAAUCCUCAGUGCCUGAUAAGGUAUUCCCCCAGACCCUACAGGAAGCAAAUGCAGAAAUUACUAGGGCCCAGCAGAGGUAUUUAAAUCAUCUUUAGCAGCAGUAGGUGUACCAGAGGAUUGGAAGAUAGCGGAUGUUGUUCUGCUGUUUAAAAAAGGCUCCAAACAUAAACCAGGAAAUUAACAGUUGGUGAGAUUGACAUCAGUUGUGGGAAAGUUAUUGGAAGGUAUUCUAAGGGACCAGACAUAUAAGUAUUUGGAAAGACAGGAUUGUUUAAGGAUAGUCAACAUGGCUUUUGCAUGGUAGGUUAUGUCUAAUCAAUCUUAUAGAGUUUUUGAGGAAGUUACCAGGAAUGUGGAUGAAGGCAAGGCAGUGGAUGUUGUCUACAUGGACUUAAGUAAAGCAUUUGACAAGGUCUCACAUGGGAAGCUGGUCAAAAAGGUUCCGUUGCUUGGCAUUCAGGAUGAGGUAGUAAAUUGGAUUAGAUAUUGUUUUUUGUGGAAGAAGCAAAAGAGUGGUAGUUAAUGGUUGCCUGUCUGACUGGAGGCCUGAGACUGGUGGUGUGCCACAGGGAUCGGUGCUGGGUCCUUUGUUGUUUGUCAUCUAUAUCAUUGAUCUGGAUGAUAAUAUGGUUAAGUAGGUCAGCAGAUUCGCAGAUGACAUCAAGAUUGGGGAUAUAGUAGACAGUAAGGAAGGCUAUCAUGGCUCACAAAAGGGAUUUGCACCUGCUGGAAAAAUGGGUUGAAAAAUGGCAGAUGGAAGUUAACGGAGAUAAGUGCGAAGUUUUACACUUCAGUGGGAUAUAGGUCUUACGCAGUGAACGGUAGGGUUCUGAGAAGUGUGGUAGAACAAAGGGAUCUGGGAGUACAGGUCCAUAAUUUGUUGAAAGUGGUGUCACAGGUAGAUGGGGUCAUAUGGAAAGCUUUUGGCACAAUGGCCUUCAUAAAUCAAUGUAUUGAGUACAGAAGAUGGGAUGUUAUAUUGAAGUUCUAUAAGAUGUUGGGGAGGCCUAAUUUUAAGGAUUGAGUGUAGUUUUGGUCAACUGCCUACAGAAAAGAUAUAAACAAGGUUGAAAGAGUGCAGAGAAAAUUUACAAGAAUGUUGCCAGGUCUGGGGGACCUGAGGAGUUGUAAGGAAAUAUUGAAUAGGUUAAGACUGUAUUCUCGAAAACAUGGCAGAUUGAGAGGAGUCUUGAUGGAGGUAUACAAAAUGAUGAGGGGUAUAAGUAGGGUAAAUUUAAGCAGGCUUUUUCCACUGAGGUUGGGUGGGAUUACAACCACAGGUCAUGGAUUAAGGGUGAAAGUGAGAAGUUUAAGGAAAACAUGAGGGGAAACUUCUUUACUCAAGGUCGUGAGGAUGAGGAAUGAACAACCAGUACAUGCUCGUGCUCGCAUGCUCACAAGUUUGAGAGAGGUUUGGACAAGUACAAGGAGGACUAUGUUCUCAGUGCAGGUCGAUGGAAGUAGGCAGUUUAAUUGAUUUUUGCAUGAACUAGAUGGGCCAAAGGGCCCGUUUCUGUGCUGUAUUCUCUGUGACUCUAAUGGUCAUACACAGCACAAGACAGAUAUAGGACAUACUAGAGUUGUAGAGGGAUGGGAACCAGAGUGCCAGAACAGUAGGUGGAGGCAGAUGUUGGUGAGUCCUCAGACAAAGUUAAGAAUCAAUAUAGAGUAUGGUGUGACAAAAACGAAAAGGUUAAAUACAGGACUGAAGGUGUUGAGUCUGAAUGGGCACUCUGUACAGGAUAAGGUAGAUGAACUAACAGCACAGUUGCAGAUUGGCAGGUAUGAUGUUGCAGACAUCAUGGAAUCCUGGCUGAAAGAUUAUAGCUGGGAGCUUAAAGUCCAAGGAUAAAUAUUGUAUUGAAAGGAUAGUCAGGAAGGCAUUGCUCUGCUGGUAAAAAGAGGUGUUGAAUCAUUGUCAAUAGAGCUAAGGAACUGCAAGUGUAAAAUUACUCUGAUGGUAGUUGUAUACAGAUCCCCAAACAGUGGUAAGGAUGUGGCCUAUAAAUUACAAUGAGAGAUAGAAAAAGCAUGCCAACAGGGCAGUGUUACAAUAGUCACAGGUAGAUUGGGAAAAUCAGGUUGGUGCUGGAUUACAGGAGGGGGUCUUUCUAGAGUGCCUGUGAGAUGACUUUUUAGAGCAGCUCAUGGUUGAGCCCACUAGAGGAUUAGCUAUUCUGAACUGGGUGUUAUGCAAUGAACCAGAAUUGAUUAGAGAGAUGAAGGUAAAAGAAUCCCUAGGAGAAAGUGAUCAUAAUGUGAUCAAAUUCACCCUGAAGCUAAAGUUAGAAGUAUCAAUAUUACAGUGAAGUAAAGGGAAUUGCAGAGGAGUUGGCCAAAAUUGAUAGGAAAAGAACACUGGCAAGGAUGAUGGCAGAGCAGCAAUGGCUGAAAUUUCUGGAAGCAGUUUGGAAGGCACAGGAUAUAUACAUACCAAAAAGGAAGAAGUAUUCUAACGGCAAGAUAACACAACUGUGACUACAAGAGAAAUCAAACCCAACAUAAAAGCCAAAGUGGGAGCAUAUAAUAAAACAAAAAUUAGUAGGAAGUUAGAGGGCUGGGAUGGAUACAAAAGUAAGCUAGCCAAAAGAGGAUACCAAAAGUUCUUCAGAUACAAAAAGCGUAAAAGAGAAGUGAGAGUGGACAUUGGACCACUGAAAAACGAUGCUGGAGAGGUAGUAAUGGGAGACAAUGAAAUAGCAGACAAACUGAAGAAAUGUUUUGCAUCAGUCUUCACUGUGGAAGACACUAGCAGUAUGGUGUAAGUUCCAGGUGUCGGGGGCAUGAAGUGUGUGAAGCUACCAUAACUAGAGAGAAGGUGCUUGGGAAACUGCAAGAUCUGAAGGUGGCAAAUAAAUUACUUGGCCUAGAUGGUGUACACCCCAGAGUUCUGGAAAAAGUUGGCAGAAGAGAUUGUGGAGGCAUUAGUAAUGAUCUUUAAAGAAUCACUAGAUUCUGGAAUGAUUCCGAAAGACUGGAAAAUUACAAAUGUCACACCCUCUCUUCAAGAAGGGAGAGAGGCAGAAGAAAGGAAAGUAUAAGCCAGUUAAUGUGACCUCAGUGGUUGGGAAGAUGUUGGAGUCAAUUAUUAAGGAUAAGGUCUCAGGGUUCUUGGAGGCAGAUGAUAAAAUAGGCUGUAGUCAGCAUGGUUUCCUCAAGGGGAAAUCUUGCCUGCCAAAUCUGUGGAAUUCUUUGAAGAAAUAACAAACAGGAUAAACAAAGGAGAAUUGGCUGAUUUGUGUAACUAUUGAAUAUUGAAAGGCCUAGAUAGAGUUGAUGUGGAGAGAAUAUUUCCGGGAGUCUAGGACCAGAGGACGCAGCCUUAGAAUAGAGGGACGUCCAUUUAUAACAAAGAUGAGGAAAAAUUUCUUGAACCAGAGAGUAGUGAAUCUGUGGAAUUCAUUGUCACAGAAGGCUGUGGAGGUCAAGACAUUGGAUAUAUUUGUAGAAACAUAGAUAGAAAUGUAGAAAACCUACAGCAAAAUACAGGCCCUUCGGCCCACAAAGCUGUGCCAAACAUGUCCUUAACUUAGAACUAUCUAGGCUUACCCAUAGCUCUCUAUUUUUCUAAACUCCAUUGCUUCAAGGAGAAAAGCCGAGUUCCCUCAACCUAUUCUCAUGAAGCAUGCUCCCCAAUCCAGGCAACAUCCUUGUAAAUUAUGGCAGAGGUUGAUGGGUUCUUGAUUAGUUGGGGUGUCAAAGGUUAUGGGGAAAAGGCAGGUUAAUAAGGUUGAGGCUAAAUGAUAGAACUGCGAAGCAGAAUUGAUGGGCCGCGUAGCCUAAUUCUGCUCCUAUGCCUUAUGGCAUUGUGAUUAUGUUGGUAGGUUUCCCAAGGCAGCAGGAAAUAUAGACAGACACAGUGGAAGGGAAGCUGAUUUUACCAAUGUCAGGGAGAGAAGCGGAAUGAAGUCCUGAGGCCAGGAUUGGAUCAUUCUUGGAAUUGGAAUACUGUGUGCAGUUUUGGGCCCCCUAUCUUAGAAGGGAUGUACUGAUGUUGGAGAAUGUUCAGAGAAGAUUUACGAGGAUGAUUCCUGGAAUGCAGGGGCUAACAUAUGAGGAGUGUUUGUGAGCUCUUGGACUGUAUUCAUUAGAGUAUAGAAGAAUGGGAGGGGAUCUCAUAGAAACAUUUAGAAUGUUGAAAGGAUUGGAUAGAGUAGAUGUGGAAAGGCUGUUUCCCUUGGUGGGUGAGUCCAGGACAAUAAUACCCUUAGAAUUAGAGGGUAUCCAUUUAACAGAUGAGGAGAAAUUUUUUUAGCUAGAGGGUCAUGGAUUUAUGGAAUUCAUUGCCACAUACAGCUGUAGAGGCCUGAUCAUUGAGGGUGUUUAAGGAAGAGAUUGAUAGGUGUCUAAUUAGUCAGGGUAUCAAGGGAUAUGGGGAAAAAGCCAGAAAUUGGAACUAGAUGGGAGAAUAGUUUAGCUCAUGGUGGAGUGGCGGAGCAGACUCGAUGGGCUGAAUGGCCUACUUCUGUUCCUUUGUCUUGUGAAUCUUGGUUAGACUGGAUGAUGGAACAAAGUGAAGGGGCUAACUGGUAUAUUCCAGAUCCAGAUCCAGAUCCAAGUCAUUCCAGAGUGAUUUGCAAUGGGAACUAUUACCAACAGCACCCAUGUUUAAACAGAUGAAAAUUUACAGCAUCAAAACACCCAACUAGUGAAAGCCAGUGUUAUAAUCAUGUAACAAACAAGCUGAGGAACUCAGCAGGUCGGGCAGCAUCCGUGGAA